AUGACUAAAUUGUUCUCGACCGCACCUCUAUCAGACAAUUCAAAUAAACAAAUAGAAAUUUUUAUCCUUCAACUUAAUGGUAUUAGCUGUGAAGGAUGUGCCAAUCGAAUAAAGAAUAAUUUUGAUGCACAACCUCACGUAAUUUAUUCAAAGGUUUAUUUUAAAAAUCAAUCCGCAAUAGUCGGCACUCUUCCCGGAAUUUAUGAAGCAAAUGAUAUCUUGACAUGGGUCAAAAUGAUUGAUUUCAAAUACGAAGGAAAAGUUAUUCAACAAUAUAUCGUACUUAAAGAAGAUUCGUCUUACGAUGAUGCAUAA